AUGGUCGGCCCAGGCGGUGGUCCACCACGCAAGAGCCAUACCAAAUCCCGCAACGGCUGCAAAACGUGCAAGAGAAGACAUAUUAGAUGCGAUGAAACAUUCCCACAAUGUCGCAAUUGUACAAAGCACAACUGUCGCUGUGACUACCAGGACACUCCCGCGGCUCAAGGUGCCAGUCCGCCACCUCGUGGUCCAGACCUCCUCAUGUCGCCUGAGAUCGAAAUGGAAAUCGACAACUGGCACCGGACCGGUGUCCCACCAUACCCGGAGCUUCUCCAGUGUCCACGCUCCGGGUGGGCUGGGCUGUCGCGCGCAGAUUUGCGCCUGAUCCAUCAUAUUAUUGGUCUUUCCAUUGAUUUACAUCGUCGUGGAUUGAGCAGUUGCACCCUCUGGGCUCAGAAAAUGCCUAAUUUCCUCGCUAUUGCGUUGGGUAGCGAGUUUGUGAUGAGCGCGGUCCUGGGCUUGUCUGCGUUUCAUCUCGCUUUCUUGACACGAGAUCCAGAUACGAAGCAACUGGCUUUCCGUCACAAAGUCUCCGCUCUUCAAGGGCUGCAGAUAGCGCUUGGAUCUUUCUCGAAAGAAAACUGUGAUGCAAUUCUUGCGGCAUCCGUCCUUUUGUCAUGGCAAGCGACUGAACAUCAAAAUUGGUCAUCAUUACAACAUGGCAUUUCGAGCGUCCUCGAGUCCAUGCACCCAUAUUGGAAACAGGAGUCGGAUCUCGCUCAGUUUGUAGAAGCUCAGCGAACACUAAGCAUCAGGGAUAUCUCCAUGGCCGGAGGCUACCAGCCUCUCGAUGAGGAUUUCAUGCAUCUCGAUCAAACAAUCCAGUCUCUACAGCUAGCCCAGAAACGGGUCUCCCAUAACCUUGAGCACUCCCAACGCCUAGGCGAACUCAUCGACUUCACUCGACAAUUCCGAGACGAAUUCCCAAACCAAACACCCGAACAAUCAUUCGAGCGCAUCCAGAUCCUGCGCCGCUGGCUCUUCUGGCUCCCACCCUCUAUGCUCCGAAAUAGCGACUCGGACAUCAACGCCCUCCCCAUUCUCGCCCAAUUCUACGCCAUCGGCAUCUCCCUCGACAUCUUCUUCCCAGAACUAGGCGGCGCAUAUCUCGGUGCCCCAACAGUCGAGCCCAUCGAAGAGAUCUACCGCAUAAUAGCCACCCACAGCGCCACAGACCCUUUCAACGCCGACCUCCGUCUCGCUCUCACCCUCAUGGAUCUACCCCGUGGAAUCGUCGCUCGCUACCGCAGUCGUCUCCCCUGGUCCCCUCGCUCCUCCAUCGACCAAUACUCUCCAGGCCCACCAAGCCCAUACCACCACACUAUGCAUGAAUACCCACUCGUCACAUCCUCAUCUCCCGAUUCCGCUUCUCCUUCAUACGCCGCUUAUACCCCACCUUUACACUCUCCUCCAGCCGUCACAGUCGCCAACUCUCCAUUCCAACUCCAAGACGGUUUCAUCGCAACUGCUCCUCCUUCGCUAUACCCACCAUCACCUCAUCUUCUCGACGCACAUAAUGCCCACCUUGGACUAUCAGAUAUGAACCAUGGACAUACGUCAGCUUCGAUCCCGCAGUCAUCUGCAUUUACUCCGCCAUACGGUGGCGAUGUGCUAUGCACCGAUAUGCCGCGAGCGGAUGCCUCGCUGGGUCUUAAUAUGGAUGUCUAUUCGCAGACACACCCAUUUGCUGCUUCGCUAUGGGCAUAA